ACUUAUAAAGUGGCAGUUUGUGAAGCGUCUGCGAGUUUAAUUAAUAAUUACUGUGUACUACCUUGCACAAGAUUGCGCUGCCGAUAGGUUACAAUUUUAUGAAGCAGCUUCGCCACGCGCUUCAGCUUACAGAUAAAACUCGUGCUGCAGCACCGCGCCUACAAUAAGUUUCGCAAAUCGUUGACUUGGUAGCACUUCUACAAUAAAGUACAGAUAUUGGGACUUUUUUGUGCUUAAGUCUUUUAUGGAGAUGCAAUACAGCGUAACGAUAUGUAGCGUAGCCGGAAAUCGUUGCGAAAGUGAGAGUGCUGUACAUACAUAUCCAAGAGAAAACCGAUGAACGAAUAAAUAGCAGUACGGGUGUUUAACUACUUAAAUUCCGCUAAGUUGGAAGAUAAAAAGUUUAUUAAACCACUAUAGCCGCCUCAGUAGGAAGGAGAGCUUUCGCCAUAUACGAAGUAUGUCUAUCUACUGCAAUCUUUUGUUUGUAUCGCCGUGCCGCCCUGCGCUCUCAUGAAUGAGCUCCGUUGCUCUCGCGAAUUCUCGCGUAGUGACGGGAUUUCGUGAAGUAAAACAUGGAAGAUGGCGGCUGAUAGUGAUGUGCGGUUAAUAGAGCGAUUACGCGUUGUGAUCGGCGAAGCAAAGAACCUGCCGCCUAGAAGCCAUGGCUCGGUGGAACAGCGUGACGUCUACUGCGCCAUCAAGCUCGACCAGGAGGAGAUAUUUCGCACGACGACCAAGGAGAAAACCCUCAAUCCCUUCUUCUCCGAGGACUUCCAAUUUGAAGUGCCACGGGAGUUCCGGUACCUAUCAGUCUAUGUGGCUGAGCGAGAGCGAGCCUCUAACAAGGACAAAGUGCUGGGCAAGGUCUCUAUCAAGAAAGAGGGAAUGCACAAGUUUUAUGGCAAAGACAACUGGUUCCCUAUCAUGCCUGUAGACGCCGACUCAGAAGUGCAGGGAAAAGCUCACAUUUCAGUUAGGUUAGAGCCGUCAACGAAGUCUUCCAUAUACGGACCCUGUGCAAAACUUGUAGUAAGAGUGUCAGAAUGCAGUGACCUGAACUUGGUGAAUGGCUCCUGCAACCCAUACGCUCAAGUGACCCUGUGCCAUGGCAACACUAAGCAGGAGACCCGCAAAAGCAAGGUCCGUCGGAAAACAGUCUGCCCCCGCUUUGAGGACACCUUCUUCGCCUUUGAUCUCAAGCCACAGCGGUCAGACAAGCAGAUACGCUCUAUAAAGGAUGAGCUCAGCAACCUUGAACUUAGGGUGUGCUUGCAGCAUGACCUGAGUGGGGUAGGUGGCAUGUUUGGAAGCGUGUUCCUCGGGGAGGUGCGGAUCCCCGUCCGCGACCUUGGUUUGGAACGAAGCUGUUCCCACCAGGCCUGGUACCUUCUGCAGCCACGCUCAGAGGGUCAGCGCUCACCCCCAACUGCCAUGGGACCAUCUUCAGCCAAUGGAGCGGCAGCAGGCAGCCUCGGCUCCCUGCGACUCAAGCUAUUCUUUACAUCGGACCGGGUCUUCUCUAGUCACUUCUACAUGGACCUUCGUGAGCUCUUGCUCAUGUCACCCACUGUAAAGCCAGUGACAUCAAGUGCAGCUUAUGUGUUGGGUGAGAUGGUGCAACACAAGGAUGACGCUGCCCAGCCUUUGGUUAAAAUUUUCAAGAGCCACAGCUCUGUUCUGCCCCUGCUGCGAGCACUGGCAAGCUGGGAGGUGGCUGGUGCAACGGACCCGCACACUAUUUUCCGAGGCAACACGCUGGUCUCCAAGUGUGUUGAUGAGUACAUGAAGCUGACAGGCAUGCUCUACCUGCAAGAUACUCUCAAGACAGUCGUGGCAAAGAUUCUAACUGAGCGGCUACCGUGUGAAAUCGACCCCACAAGGCUGAAGGAUGGAGAGUCUCUGAAAGUAAAUGAGGCACACCUCCGAGGCUACGUAGGUUCAGCACUGUCAGCCAUUGUGGGCUCAUGGGUGGCCUGCCCAUGGGAACUAUGUGACCUAUUCUCCAUGCUACGGACCCUGGCAGCCGAUCGUUUCCCUGGCCGCAAAGAACUGCAGUACUCUGUGAUUUCUGUCUUCCUCUUCCUGCGCUUCUUCGCGGCAGCCAUUCUCAGCCCCAAGCUCUUCGAGCUCUCCUCCCAGCCCAUUGAUGAGCAGUGUCACAGGACACUGACCUUGGUGUCCAAGUCCAUACAGACCCUUGGGAACCUUGUCAGCUCCACAUCAGCACAGCCGUUUUAUAAAGAAGACUACAUGAAAGAGUUUUAUGAAAACUUCAUUACGGACGAGCACAAGGAAGCUGUGAGACAGUACCUUGAGCUCAUCUCCUUGAAGAAUGUCCCAAUGCGAAACCUUGACACACCAUCCAUUGUCCUGAAGGAAGGCACUAUGACCAAAAGGGCGCAAGGGCGCAACAGGCUUGGCCUCAAAAACUUCAAGCGUCGCUACUUCUGCCUUACCACCAAGGAGCUGUACUACUCAAAGACGAAAGACUCGAGUCCCCUGUGCACCAUUCCACUGGACGAAAUCUUGGGAGUGGAAAAGGUGCAGGAAGACUCAUUCAAGAUGAAGAAUGUGUUUCAGGUGAUCCAGAAGUCUCGAGCAUUGUACAUCCAGGCCAACAACUGUGUAGAAGAGAAGGAAUGGCGGACAAUCCUCACCCGCAUCUGCCACUUCAACUUAUGCCGCAUCCACACCUACCACCCAGCUGCCUUCCUCAAGGGCCACUGGCUCUGCUGCAAAGAAGAGAGUGAAACAGCACCUGGCUGCUCGCCCGUGACCUCAUAUAACCUCGCCGACAUCAAGGUGACCAUCGACACAGAUCGAGAGAUGCAGCGGGUCCACUCUAUCUUCCUCAACCAGAUGCACAUCAUUGAAAGGCUUAUAGAGACAUGUCGGCAGCAGCUGCAAGGCCCUGCAGUACCAGGUGUUGAGUUCAGGCUUCCACCUGGGUUUGUGGUCGAGGACCCAGCCAGCCUGCUGACCACAUUGUCUUCCAUCAAGACUUUCGUGGAGACCAUGGAACUCAAGCACGAACGACAUCGGCACCAUCUGUACCGACAGACACAGUACGGCUCCAAGCAAGCACCCAUUGGGGACGACAACUACUUGCUCAUGUUCGCGCGGCAGCAGCAGCAGAGGACCGCCUCAGUGCCCAGUGCCUCCUCGCUGGCGCGACCCCUUACCAGUGAUCUCAACAUUCCUCUACCACCUCUUCCUGCACCAGCGCUGCCUCCCUCAGGCAGUGCCAACGGAAGCCUUGUCAGCCACAUGGACGUGCCUUAGCCGCUGCUUAUCCUUCUCUCAUCCUUCUGAAGCCACGUGGCUUCUCUGCCUUCCCAGUGCACACUGCCGGUCCCGCUGCUAUGAUGGAACGGGACCUGCAUCGCGCCAAGCCCGAGGCCCUUUUGGUAGAUGUGCCAACUUCCCAAUGCCUUCUCUUACAGUGGUCCCCUGCGUGCCCCCCUUUGCAUUGGCCAAACACAAGUCGGUGUCUACAGGGGGAAUUCAAGCCAUGUUGCUUCCUAGUCGGUCACCCGAGGUCCUUCUCAUUCACUUGUGAAGCCCUGUACAUAUUAUGUGCACUGUGAAUGCUGAACUUGGGUAAAGAGAGAGAGAGAAAAAUAUCCUCCAAUAGUUACGACCCAUGCCGGUGCUCUGUGGAGGAGGAAAGACUUAAUCACGUACUCAUUGCUUAUUUCAUUCCAGAGUGAAGGGGCUGUAUGCUGCCACUAUUAACGAACUUGGGACUGAUGUGUAGCGAGCUGCACAUGCAAUGAAUAUAAUGUGACCUUAUUGUGUUUUAAGCUUGUCACUUGCAAAGCUGUCGGAAGGCGUGGAUGAAGUCAUCUUGGACAGUGUGUAAUGGACCCAUGUGAUGUAUGUAGCAACAUUGCAAGCUGAGUCGUUAGGACUUGAAUGUUGAGGUGGCACAUCUUAUUGGGUCACCAUGCCCUUGCUUGGCUGUCAUGGCUCGUUGCUUGAAUGUCAAGGCCUGUUGUGUUGUUGCACGUGAGGCAAUGGUCUGGCUGCACCACUUACAGAGCCUGAUAUAUGAUGGGCAGUGUUGUUAAUGUUUUGUGCACAGAUGUGUGGAAAAACCUUGCUGUAUUAUCCCAGGUCAUAAUUCAUCUCCGUGACAUCACCCAGACUCCUUUCUCUUGCUAAUUGUCUUUUUCACAACGCGUACCAAGACAUCAUCCACCUUGAAACAGUCAUGCAGAUAAUGCAUUGCUACGGCUAACCUCUGCACAUUAGGGGCAGCCUGCAACAGCCAUGGGCAACAUUUUGCUGUUUAUUUGUUCUUCUCGUAAGCAUGUCUGCGAGGGACUUGUAAGCACGCAUCACUGGGAAAUGUCUACGAAGCAUGGCAGUUAUUGGCUUGCUAAUUCCUCAUACCUGGCUUGCAAAAUUUUUCAAUUCCUUUAUUUAUUACCGAGGCGUCGCUUACCAAGCCUUUUCGCUCACUAGAUCAUGUGGGCAAUGACUCUGGAUAUUUUGGUAGGUGCUUGUUACAUCUGCUCACUGCUGCAACUCCAACAGCCUGGCAUCAUUAUCGAUUACCCAGAAGCCCAGAUUGUGAUGUGUUAGUGUUUCCAACUAUUUGGUCAAACCUUUUUCUGAACAAGCACAGUGAAUCUAUAAAACCAGUUUUCCCAUUGUGGCAACAUGUAUCAAUUAGAGGUUGGAGCUGUUAAAAGUGAAUGCAUCCCCUUGUAGGUGCAUUUUAGAGUGGCAUUGCAGCCUCAAAAUUUUUCACAGAUGGGUAGUCCAUAACACUGCAAAGAGGUUCCCUGAGCAUACAGGACUAGCUAUUUGCACCGGAAGCAUGUUAUGUAAUUGAAAAGUAAUACCGUAUUUGCACGAUUAUAACACAAGGUUCUCUUUUCUUUUUUCUUGUGGAGUCAUCAGCCUGUGGAAACAUCUCACGUGAUAUUCGGAGUCAUUGUUCUGAAUAUAGCGCAAGAUUUUCUUUCCCGUUUCACCGUUCAAUACACAAUGAGCCCAACUAUCACAUACCCGAGUUGUGUAGAAAAGCCAGCCUUUCAGUGUUGUAGGAAGAACACAGAUGUGCUUUUAUGGAAGCAGUUGCGCAUCUCCAAGGAAGCAGGAUCAGUACGAAUGCUAGGUCCACUGCAGAGGUGCACACCUGUACAGAACCUGGCACAUGUACAGUUGUUCCAGGACAAUUUUGUAUUGCUGUUGCAUUAACAGAUUAUAUUUUGAACCUGCAGUAUGGUUUGCACUAUUAAUCAUGUAUAUAAGAUUUGUUGACAUUUUUUUCUCAUAAAAAGUCUCCCCUCGCAUUAUAUUUGUGGUCACAUUAUGUUCAUGCAAAUACGGUACCUUUCUUCAGUCCCGAGUCUACAGUGAAAUUCUUUGUUCUUCCUGUUGAGUUCUUCGAUAACCCCUUGGCCUCUGUAUUGUUGAGGGGCAAAUUCAUUGUUUUACUGCACAGAUCCACAAAGGGCUCGCGAGGUCUUGCAGCCAGACUCAAUCUACCAUUCUGUGCACCUUUUACCACCUGUUUUACCAAAUAGACAAUCUGUCAAUCCCUGUUGGCGCUCUUCUCAUUUCCUGCUUUUUGAGUUAUGGUGCCUUUUUGCGGUGUACCUGUUGCCUCAGCUCGGUAGCAAUCAGCCCCUGUAAAGUUUAUUUCAUUUGAAGUGGAUGUAAGCACAAGUUUCUCUACUCUACACAGCUUCGCAAUGUAGCUGGGUCGCAUCUUUUUUUGUUGCACAAAUGCAUGCAUGGUGUAUUGUGUACUGCUUCUCAUAAUCCACACCUUCAUUCUGUUCAUUUGAAAUGUUGCAUAAAUACAUGAACAAGUCCUGGGGCUUUCUGCCACCAAUGUCAAGAUGCGCAAAGUGCUCUCAUCAGUUAACUGUUUAAAGAUAUUCUGAACAAAGCAAGAGGACAAACACAGCUGCUGCUAAAAAAAGUUCACUCAUGUCACACACGGAGGCUUGUAACUUUUUCCAACCAUGGCAGCGGGCAGUUUUGUUGAUACUUUCUACAUUUCUUGUCUGCCUGUUUGUGUAUUUUUAUGUUUCUGCUUGUGUAGUAGUCUGUGUUUAAUAUAAUAUAUAUAUAAUAUACAUAUAUAAAUAUAUACACAUAUACAUACAUAUAUAUAUAUAUAAUAUACAUAAUUGUAACAUGUUACAUGUGAACCCAUGAGUGAUGUGCACACAAGGCCUUCCUUUUUUUCUUUAGUUGAGUUGCAUGUUUGAAGAAAUGGAAGAUGUGUUAAAGGUGUAGUACUUGGUGCAUUUUCAUUUCCAGAGGUGGCAUUCACUAUGAAAUACGCAUAUAAAUGAGGAGUGCAGUUUACUGUGAGAGUUGGCUUUCAUUAACUUAUUUCUGAUUCAACGGCCAGGCAAAAUUGAUUGUGAUCAUCCAGUGUUUCAAAUAAAGGGCGCAUUUAAAAACCAUGGAUGCCUUCUGGUGCCACUGAUUAGUCAAGCUACACUGAAGGCUGUAUACUAACUGACAUUGAUAAACAAAAGUUGAAAUGUAAAUUGAUUAGAAUGGUUAGUGUUUUGCAAUAACUUCUGCAUAUACUGCACUUUAAUAUCCAGUAUACGUUUAACAGCUAAAAUUUGUCCAUGCAGCUUGAGCGCCCCUUACAGGCAUCAAUUGUGACAUGGUUUGUAUUGCCACACCGAGAUUGUGCAACAGUUUAGUUUCUACUCAACUUCAGACCAGUUCAUUUGGCCUCCACUGAUUAGUCAAAGUGACACGCUGCCUGCAUCAGUGCCGAGCUUGGCCAGUCAAUGCACUGAAUGACAAAGGAAUGAAGGUAAAAUUGUACUAUACCAGCCCUGCCCAGCCUCAGAAUUAUGUUGUUUCUUGAAGUGCAUGCCAUCAUGGCCUUUGCACCAUUUUUAUUUUGUGGUUCCUUGGGCAUCUACAUGUGCUGUCUGCCACUGUUUGGUGGUGCACAAGUAAAUGCACAAGUGGAAGCAUUCGAAAGAGCAACAGCUUGAUUUAUUAGUUUGUUUUAAAAUUCUUGCGGUCCAUCAUCAGAUUUGCCCUGCCCUUACUACACCCAAUUGCGCUUCUUCCCAUGCAACUUCUCACUUUAAUUUAUAAAAUGUAAACAAUUGUUACUAACCUAACCAGGAAUGUCUUUUCAUAGCUACAAUGUACAGAAAUGGAACCUAGCAGGACUUAUAGUGCGGUGUAACCAACCACCCUCUUGUGUCCCGAUACAUUUUGCCCGACAGAAUUGUGGUUGGAUUGCCCAUUUCAUUAGCUUUAGACAAGAAAGGCACCAUUUCACCAGCUCAUUCAUGCAUUAAGUCACUAUCAUGAUUGCACAUAGUUAGGUCAUAGAUCAUUUCUUACCACAUUGUUGAGUAUUUUUCGCCUCUAUGUUUUACUGCUUUGUUGCCUUGUUUCCCUUAUACUGCCUCUGCGUCAUGUUUCCGAGAUGUCUUGUUGCGGUUACUCUUUUUGUUGAAUUGAUGAUGUGACACGCCUGUGUCCCAGUGACUUGUGUUGAAAAGUGUAAAAAAAAUACUUUGCAUGCUGCGUGCAAACAUUUUGUCAGAUACAAGUCGAGUUUUACUAAUUUGAUUCCUAUUUUAAUUUUAUUCUAUUUGGAGCUAUGAUGUUGCUGUGCAUGAAAAACUUUCUAGUUUGGUAGUCAGUUGACCGGAGCCUGGUUUCAUACUUAUUGGUUCAUAAUUCUCAUAGCUGCAUUGGUUUUGAGAUCUCAAGCACCAAUUUGAAAUCAAGUGAGAAAGGGUCAAUGGCAUGUGCUGUUGUACACCUACAGCUAGUCACAAAAGUUUACAGGACAGGUUCCUCAAAAAAAUGUUAAUUUCCGUUUUAAAGCAAGGCGCUUCCGAUUGAAUGGAUCACUGUGCGGUUCAUAAAACUAUUCCCAAAAUUGAAUUAAUGGAAAUCCAUCAACACACUGCACUGACACGCUUCAAAGCAACACUGAAACGCCUGGUGUGCUUUAGUAGAAAACACAUAACUUCCCAUUUGCACUGCCGCACAAGAUGCUUGCCAACAGCCUCGGUGCUUCCUUUGUCUUGUUUGUUGCAGUACUUACAUUUGUCGUGCCGCCAUUCAGGUGUAGUAGGCGUUCGGUGAUUCACAAAGUCCUCUUAAAACUGUGGUGAAUGUACAAACUGACAUUUAUGUUUUCUUUUGUCAAGAAAUAUGGGCACACACUAUGCAUACAGUUGCCCUUUGUCAUUUGGCAGCGUACUGUAUAGAAACUUAAAGGGCAUGUGUGAUGCCUCAGACUUGGUGUUGUAAAGCGUUGGGGUCACUGUGGUAUGUAUGCAGCUUUGCUCUUGCAAGGAAAUGGUGAUGGUCUUGGCGAGAUAGGGCUGGUGGUGUGUUCUAUGUCGGAUAAGGGCAGCAAUAUUGCUUGUGGCAAUGUGCUUUCUUUUUUCUUUUUUUCCAGACGUUUUUAUCUAAACUCACAGAACAAGUUUUAUAGCAGAUUGCAAUGUGUAGCAAGUGUAGUGUGUAUACUACUAACAACUAGCAGCCAUGUUACUACCACCGUGCCUUGCUUGUGCGAACGUACCGUUCAUGAAAGUUGUGUACGUCAAAUGCUCUAGAAAUCUGCAUGGGAGAGAGCCCUUGCAAAAUUUGCACUGUAGAAUCUUCGAUAGGAUGUUUUUGUUCACUUGGCUGGGGAAGGUUUUCUUUUCUUAUUCUCUCAAUUAUUGCAACCAAGAAGUGCGUUCACAUCUUGCUUAAAUUUUUCAAAACUGAGCUGUAUGCACAAAGUCUACAUUCUCGCUCAUUUUUUAUAUAGAGAGAGCAGUGUGCCUACAUGGCAACAUUUUGUAAGGCAAGAAGCAUCUAUGCAGAAGUGUUUUGGAGCAUUUUCUUGCUCUCCUUACAGAGAGGAGGGUGUCAUUUACAUAACUCGAGUAACCAUAGUGCCCUUGUCACACGAGCUGCAUAAAGGUCACUUUAUGUAAAUUAGUUUGCUUCCAGUGUAGUAGUCCAUUCAAACCAGUGAAACAGCUCUGACUUACAAGUGCUCCCGAAUAGCCAUUACACUGCAACAAAGCACAGUUUUUAUGUGACGCACGCGUCAAAAUAAACUGACCUUUUAUGGCGCCCGUGUAACAGGGGUAUGAACCUUAUCGCCUAUUCCACAUUUUGCUGUUGAAGAGUUCAUGUUAAUGUGUUGCCAGAAGCUGCCUUCUUCACGUCUUUGGACUCCAUGUGGUGGCACAAAACAUGGCUCUAAUGGUCACAAGCGAAAGUUGGUUGCGUGGACACUAUUUAUUGAGAACUAAACAUAUUUACUCCAACCAAGAACAAAGCUGUGGGAGUGCCUUUCUACUUCUCUGUUGUAUGUGUAUGUUACCAUUGUUCACGUAGCGAUGAGUAAAUGAAUUUUAUGCAACAGA